GGGCUAGAGUCGCGCUCGGCGGGUUGGAGCGCUGGCGCUGCCCAGAGGCCGUGGGGUCCCAGCCAGCGCAGGGCCCUCGGAGGGGGUGGUCCGCGCGCCUCGCCUUCCCUGCUCGAUGUCGCUGCUCCAGCCGCCCGGCUGCUAAUCGCCGCGCCCCCUUCCUCGCCGGUGCGGGUCGGUGGAGAUCCCUGUAGAGGAGGAAGCCUCCUUCGCGAAGCGGGAAUGGAGGUAAAUUGUUUAACACUAAAAGACCUGAUCAACCCCAGGCAACCCAGACUAGAUUUUGCAAUCGAAGACGGGGAAAAUGCACAAAAGGAAAAUAUAUUUGUUGAUCGAUCAAGGAUGGCUCCGAAGACUCCAAUAAAAAAUGAACCAAUUGAUUUAUCGAAGCAAAAAAUCUUCACUCCAGAAAGAAAUCCUAUUACUCCGGUUAAGCUCAUCGACGGACAGCCGGUAGAACCAUGGACACCCACAGCUAACCUGAAAAUGCUCAUUAGUGCAGCCAGCCCUGACAUAAGGGACCGGGAGAAGAAAAAGGGACUGUUCAGACCCAUUGAAAACAAGGAUGAUGCAUUUACAGACUCUCUACAGCUUGAUGUUGUUGGGGACAGUGCUGUGGACGAAUUUGAAAAGCAAAGGCCAAGCAGAAAACAGAAAAGUUUAGGACUCCUGUGCCAGAAGUUUCUAGCUCGCUACCCAAGUUAUCCCUUGUCAACUGAGAAAACUACUAUCUCCCUAGAUGAAGUUGCUGUCAGUCUUGGCGUUGAAAGGAGACGCAUCUAUGACAUUGUAAAUGUGCUGGAGUCGCUGCAGCUGGUCAGCCGGGUGGCCAAGAAUCAGUACGGCUGGCAUGGACGGCACAGCCUGCCAAAAACCCUGAGGAACCUCCAGAGACUAGGAGAGGAGCAGAAAUAUGAAGAGCAGAUGGCAUACCUCCAACAGAAGGAGCUAGACCUGAUGGAUUAUAAAUUUGGAGAACGGAAAAAAGAUGGCUAUCCAGAUUCCCAAGACCAACAGUUACUGGAUUUCUCUGAACCUGACUAUCCCUCUUCAUCUGCAAAUAGUAGAAAAGACAAAUCUUUGAGAAUUAUGAGCCAGAAGUUUGUCAUGCUGUUCCUCGUAUCCAAAACCAAGAUUGUUACUCUUGAUGUGGCUGCCAAAAUACUGAUAGAAGAAGGCCAAGAUACUCCGGAUCAUAGUAAAUUUAAAACAAAGGUACGCCGCCUCUAUGACAUAGCCAAUGUUCUGACCAGCUUGGCUCUGAUAAAGAAAGUGCAUGUAACAGAAGAACGAGGCCGUAAACCAGCCUUCAAAUGGAUCGGGCCUGUGGAUUUCAGCACCAAUGAUGAAGAACUAGUGGAUAUUUCUGCAUCUGUCUUACCAGAAUUGAAAAGAGAAACAUACGGCCACAUUCAAGUUUGUGCGAAACAGAGGCUGGCUCGACACAGUUCCUUUAACACAGUUCAGGCUUCUGACAGGAUCAAGAGGAAAGUGAACUCAGAACCCAGCAGCCCUUACAGAGAACAAGGAUCAGGUGGUUACUCCUUAGAAAUUGGAAGUCUGGCAGCUGUCUACAGACAGCAAAUAGAAGAAAAUUCACAGAGCAAAGCCUUUGCCAGUAAGAGAGUGGUGCCUCCAUCAGAGAGCUUGGACCCUAUCCCUCCUUACCCUGUCCUUCCUGUUGACUCAGAAUAUUCUACUAGUCCUUUAGCCCAACAAGUAUUUUCUGCUCCUCAAACGGACGUGCAGGCAUUCUCCAUGAAGAAUGGUCUGAAUGGACAAGUAGGCGUCUCACUCACUCCUGCAGCCUCUGAUGUGGAAACCCUGAAACCAGCUGUGCUUGCUGGUCAGCCCUUGGUGUACGUGCCCUCCACUUCACUAUUCAUGCUGUAUGGGAGCCUUCAGGAAGGUCUGCCCCCAGGGUCAGGCUCAGAGAGGGACAGCAGAAGCACAGAAGUCUCAGCAGCAGCAGAGCUGUCAUCUGUGCCCUCAGCUCAGAAGCGUGUUAGUGAGGAGAGGAAGCCUCAAGAGGAGGAAGAGCCGGCCACUAAAAGACAAAGUAUGGCAUACGAAGACAGCCCCCUAUCCCUUGUCAUGCCCAAGAAACCCUCAGAUCUCACAGACAUCACCUCUCCCAAGACUAUCGAUAACACGGAAUCCAUGCCCCUCAAAGACAUCCGCGUGAAUGGCCAACUGCCUGCUGCAGAUGAGGUUUCAGGAAAGGCUAUGGUGAACUGCUUCAUUUCUCCGGAAUGGGGAAAUCCUUCAAGAAAUGCAGAGAUUGAAAAGCCUUCAAAAGAAAACGAAAGCACCAAAGAGCCUCCUUUGCUGCAGUAUCUUUAUGUGCAGUCUCCAGCAGGAUUAAAUGGUUUCAAUGUGCUCUUACCUAGCAGUCAGACCCCUCAUGCUGUGGGGCCAUCUUCAGGCCAGCUGCCAUCCCUCAGUGUUCCUUGCAUGGUCUUACCAUCUCCGACGCUGGGCCCUUUUCCAGUCCUCUAUUCUCCCACAAUGCCUGGGCUGGGUUCUUCUGCUCCUGGAACACUUCCAAACACAGGACCCAUGAAUUUCGGCUUGCCUGGCCUUGGAUCAACAGCUCAUCUUCUCAUCGGCCCUGCAACCAUGGUUAAUCCAAAGUCAUCAACGCUCCCCUCCACAGACCCUCCACUUCAGGGUCAGCCCUCACUGAACCUGAGUCCAGAGGUAUCACAGUCCUGCAGUGCCGUCCAGCCUGAAUCACCUGUUUAUGUGAGACAUCCAGCACCAGCAGUGAAGUUACAACAGUCGCCAGCCCCAGUGACUCCCAAAAGCAUUCGACGCACGCAUCGUGAAACGUUUUUCAAGACACCUGGCAGCCUUGGAGACCCUGUUACGAGAAGAGAACGGAAUCAGUUGCGAAACACCAGCUCAGCCCAGAGAAGACUAGAAAUUCCCAGCGGAGGGGCUGACUAACCAGACGCUUUGCCAGGUCAGGUGGGAUCAAACCACCGUGAACCUCCCUGUGUUGGCAGGUGGUACUCUUAACACUGAGCAGAAAGCAACUGCAGACCAUCCGGUCGUCAGCGUGCACCUCCUUUCUCUGUUUUCCAGCCACUGGUUCUGUUAACUCCUCAUCAUCAUGAAUCAUCUAUUUUCCUGAAAGUAAUUGUUAUUAAUCGUGCAUUUAAUCCCGGUUUGAGUCCAGACUCUGUGCAUGGUGUCACAGUGAAAGCAUUGACUGACUUUUGUGGUUUUGGUUCCAGAAGCAUCUUGUUGCUGUAAGUAGAUCUGAACAGGCUACUGGAGCCUUGUGGUUUUUCUAAAGGGGGGCUGUCUAGCACUUAAGUAGAGUAAGCAUUCUUGACAUGUAUUCCACUUGCCCUGAGUACAUCUGUGGUGAAAGAAACUUCCCUUCUGCAGUUUAAAAAAGCUACUGUGUCCUUAGGCUUCAUCAGUGAAGCCAUCUUCAGUUGUGAGUCCUAUGAUGUUAUUUAUUUUCUUCCUGAAAUGGGAUUUAGUGCAAAA